AUGGAAGUCGCCGAGCUCCUCAAGAAAGGCUACCUACGGGAGUUCCUCUCGGAUAAAGCCAAGAACCUUCUAAACAAAGAAGGUCCCGGUCUCCCUAUCGAGGCAGCUCUUGCAUUGCCACCACAGCAAGACCGGGUGAUCCAUGUCAUUACAGGCGGAUCAGAGGAGAAGUUCCUCACCCCUCAUCAUGACGCUCUCGUCAUUUCACUUACCAUAGCAAACUGCUUGGUCAAGCGAAUAUUGGUAGAUAAUGGGAGCUCCAGCAACAUAAUCUUUCAUUCGGCCUUCGCCGACCUGGGUUUGGAACCUACAGCUCUAACCAGAAAGGCAACUCCCCUCAUAGGCUUCAGUGGAGAAGUCAAACAAACCUUAGGAGAUGUCCUUCUUCCCGUGUAUGCCGAAGGGGUAAACCAAGCCACGAAGUUCCUGGUCGUCGACUGCCCCUCAUCAUACAAUGUGAUAUUGGAAAGGCCUUGGAUUCAUGACAUGGGAGCCGUACCUUCAACUUUGCACCAGAUGGUCAAGUUCCCAACCCCUUGGGGCAUCAAAGCGGUCAAGGGAUAUCAAGAGAAUGCUAGGUCUUGCUAUCAGACUACCCUUAAGGGAAAGAGUCAGGUCUUAUAG